AUGUGUUGUCUGUGUGAACAGGUAGACGAGAGGUACGAUGCAGAUCUGGAACGGAACAGGCACCGUCUGUGGGAAGAAGACGCUGAACGUGAGAUCGGUCGUCUUACACGCCUCAUCAACAUUCUGCAGGAUAAUCUGAGUGACGAGGUCAGGAAGAAUGCGAAACUCCGUGAAGACCUGGAUGAAUUACACGAGGUCAAGUCGACGUUGACUGAGGAAAGGAGGCUCCGCGCUGAGACAGAGGAGAUCUGCGCCAAGCAAGAAAUGGACUUGGAUAAGCACCGUAAAGAGAUAGAUCAACAGAAGACUUACAUCGCGCUGCUGCGGGCUCACGUUGUCUGCAGCGAGUAUAAGAAGAGCGAAUUCCAGCAUCAGAUCGAUGAUCCCAAUUGGGUUAAAGAACUGGAGCUUCGAGACAAGGAAUUAGCAGCUAUAAAGUGCAGCAUCGCGCAACUGAAGGAUCAAAUUGCCGCCAUGGAGAGCCCCACUAGUCGACUCCAGCAUCAGAGACAGCCCGUAGCUCCAACACCAGAAGUUCCCUCUUCCAGGUGCAACCCGGCCGGCCGACGCCGAGAAGCAACUCCACUGACUGCAGCUUCUCGGAGACCCAACAGAGUCACUCCCAAGUAGAGGAGGAGUGACCAGUAGCAGUCACACUACUCCUCUCGUCGAAGAGGAUGCCCCAUUGCAAAACAAGCGAAAGUUUGGAAAGAACAAAAAUAUGUUCAUGGGUUCUGACGGGGACCGAUACCAAGAAUGACUGAGCCAGGGGGGGGGGGCUGCUUCUCAAGCUGAUCGCUAUCCUGGAACAAGCUGAGGGCGCAAAUGAUGUGCUGACUUGUACUAGGACAACGGGUUCAGAUUUUCUAUGUGUGAUGAAGUGACACGGAAAGCAAUGGAACAGCCUUAACACGUAUUGUUGUAUUUUUGAUGUGUUACAUAAAUGUCAGUAACCAGUGUGAUGUUUUCCUUGAAGUG